AUGUAUCCAAGCUGGCGAUCUUACCACAAACGAAGCGUUACCAUAUCCAUGAAGCCUCGAUGUGGUAUCCUUAUACACCACAAUACCUAUACAAGAAGCGAUCACCAACGCUACAGAUAGAAUCCAGAACCAAAUACUCCACCUCUCCAGACAAAACGUCUCACACCUCCUCCAAGUCACGCAAAACAAAAACAUGUACUUCUCCUUCAGAAAUCAAGUUUUUCAUCAAAGAGAGAGCCUACCCAUGGGUUCUAGCAUUUCAGGCAUACUGGCCAUCCUGUUCAUGGACAAACUAGAUACCAUCAACCUCUCCUCGCACCUAAUGAUAAGCCCUUACAAGAGAUAUGUUGACGACAUUUAUCUCCAAACAACUAAUGAAGAAACAGCAGACAUAUAAUAAACAAUGUGCACCCUAAUUUGAAAUUUGAAAUUGAAAAACCAGAAACAACACCGAGUGGCCUGUCAUUGUCAUUACUCAAUUUCAAAGUCACCAUAUCCAAGGAUGGCAACAGCUCUUUUGAAUUCUACAAAAAGCCAGCCAAGAAACCACUAUUUGUCCACCAUCAAUCAGCUAUUCCCACAAAAUCCAAACUCAACUUCAUUCGCAAUGAACGAAAACGCAUCGAGGACAGAUGCUCCUCACAUAUAUCUGCAACACAACACCUAAACACAUUUGAUGACAUCCUUCACCUUAAUGGUUAUCCCGAGAAAAGUAUAGAGCAGACAAAACGCCCCCAAAAAACCCAACGAAACCCUCAACCUGCCAAAACAGAAUGGUCGUACCUUAAGAUCCCGUACAUUUCUGAACGACUCAAUCACAGGAUCACUAACAUUUUUAGAAAAGAAAACAUCCCGCUACGCAUUGCCCACAAAUCCUACACGCUCAAACAAGCCCAAUCCCACACCUCCACGGAGCGCAAAUACACUAGAGACAAAUGCCCUAUCUCUAAUGCCGGAUUGUGUUUACGAAGAAAUGCAGUGUACCAGCUCAUGUGUAACAGCUGCGAUCAGCAAUACAUUGGUAGCAUGACACGUUUCAUCCACAACCGCGUAAAAGAAUAUCUCAAUAAUGAAAACUCCUCUGUGAAAAAACAUAUCUAUUCCUGCCAGAACAAAGACUAUAAAGGCAUUGAGGUCAAGAUUAUUUUGAGCGAGAACGACCCCGCUAAUCUAAGCUUUAUGAAGCAUUUUACAUUAGAAAGUUCAAGCCUACGCUCAAUUCCCAGGAGGAAUGUAGUGAAUUCGAGGACCUUCCAUUUUAGUAUUUUAUAG